AUGAGCGACAGAGUCGAUGAGGAGGCUUCGCCACCCCCUGGACCUUCCAUCACGCUGCACUCACCUGCUAUAGACUUCAUUGAGAACGAACUGCCAGACUACCAUCCGGCUUUUGAUGCUCGCCAUGUUCGCUUCGAUCUGUCGCGAGAUCAAUUUGUGCCUCGUACACCAUAUCUUAAUGGUACACUGGUCCGUGAAAGUAUUCCGUCAUCCAUGCUUUCAGUCCCAAGCAUGCCUCCGCCAUCCCAACAAUUGACUCGACCUGCACCGGGCCAAAUCAAUGAAAUGGGCUUCUGGGUCGAGUUAUUUCCAAAGGUAGUGCAGAUGCUUCAGGAAGACCCUAUUCCCAGCAAUUUGGACGACUCAAAAUGGGGGAUCCGUGGUCUAUCAACGUGGGCCGAUGUUCAAGCCAGGCUGGAUAUGGCUCGACGGGAGUACAAUUUCCAGCAUGGAUCCCAAUCUGCUGGGAGUUUUCGAAGGGCGGUGCGAAAUGGGCUGGACAAACAUGCAGUCGCGGUUAAGCAGGCAGCCAGAUUCGUGCCUGAUGUCGAUUUGGCCAAGCCAAUUGUCGGCGCUAUACAUGUGGUUAUUGAUGCCUACCGACAAGCAUCAGAAGUCAAGAAAGAAGUAACAAAAAGCUUCGAUGACCUACCGCAAGUCUUUGAGAAUAUAGAGUUUUACCUUCGCACAUAUCAGAACGACGAGAGCAUAAAAAGAGCAUCAUGCCAUCUCUUGCGCUCCAUUUUCAGGUCCAUCGAGUAUGCUAUCGCAUUCUUUACCAGUCAUCAAGCAAAAAGAGCUGGUGGCGCGAUCUUGUCUGGAUCAGAUUAUCAGAGAAACCUGCGUGAUUGCUUGAAUGAAAUCACAGCCCACUGUAACUCACUACAAAACCAAGCUGGAAUGUCACUGGCUCAUCGAGUCACCAGUGAUAAUCAGCAGAUGAUGCGUCAGAACGAUGCCAUCAUCCAUGGUAAUGAAGUCGUGCAAAACGUUCUCGGUCACAUUUACCAACAACAAGGACAAAUCAACAACUUUGGAGUACAAUUUUGCGCAUACGUUUUGAAUCAGGUGCUGCCAAUACUACAGGAUUGCCAGACUGCUCGACGCGCCCCUAGCCCCAUCACCAGAAGCCCGUCUCCUAUGCCACAGUCCAUCGAGUUUCAACCCCAGUGGCUUCCACAGGAUAUCUGGUAUCGCCUUCAUAUGCCAUCCAUAGAUGACGAUGACUUGAGACAUGUUCUGACCCAGACCGAGCUCAUAAUACACGAAGACCGGGGCAGGAUACAGCAACUUCUCGAGAACCAGAUAUUUCGUGAGUGGAUGGCACGCAGCAACUCUACAAGACUGCUUGUGCACGGCGACUUUCGCACACCACAAGAUAUCUCACCUUUGUCGGUGAUCUGCACGAUAUUGUCUUAUGCAUUUAGGAAUGCCGGCAGUAACAUGAUAGGAUUGGUAUUCUUCUGUGGGCAACAUCAGGCAUGGGACGAAUUUCAAGGAGCAUCGGCCAUGAUGCGCUCCCUCAUUGCCCAGCUCAUGACACAAUUCAGUUUUGACCCCAUGCCGCCAACCCAACAGUUUUCCCUCCAAGACCUUGAUGGAGAUGACAUUCACGUAUUAUGCGACUUAUUCACCAUACUGGUGCAGCAGCUUCCACCGAAUCGGCGCAUCUUCUGUCUGAUUGAUGGCAUCAACCUCUACGAGAAGGAAAGAUAUCUUGAGGAGAUGAGUAUUGCUAUAAUGAACCUGGUCAAUAUGGUGGAUCAAUCAUCUCAAAGGCUUAUGCCUACUUUCAAGCUGCUCCUCACCAGUCCGCAGCCGACUUCGGAAGUUCGAAGGGCCUUUGAUUCCGAAUUUGGACCUCUCCUAGACACGAGAAGCUGGCCCAUGGCUGGCGGAAAUAUCAGCAUGGCACGCAUGCAAGAUCAAUUAGGAUUGAAUAUGGAUUGGAGAUCUUAG